AAAAGGCGGUGCUAAAGGGAUGUUGUGCUAACGGUUAGCUACAGGAGGCUAACUGCUCCUUCUUCUGAUCUUUCUGAAGUAAACACACACUGCUGGACUUUUAACAUUUGUAAUAAACCAAGAUAUGAACGGGAGCACCAAUCCGCUGCUGGACAAAGAGGAGCAUGUCCUGAAGCUGGGGGAGAGCUUCGAGAAGAGGCCCAAAUCCUCCUUUCAUACUAUCAGAUAUGACUUCAAACCAGCCUCCAUCGACACGAGCUGUGAGGGAGAGCUGCAAGUUGGGAAAGGAGAAGAAGUUACCAUCACGUUACCUCACAUCCCAGUAAGGCUGUUGUCCUCUCUUGUUUACUUUGUUUACCAGCGCUUCUGUAAAGAAAACAAAUUCAAACAAAUCCACCUGACCGUUAACUGCAAUACAGUUGAAGAGCUACU